UCGGUACAGCUAUUAUGUGUAUAACAUAAGAACCAUCUGGACAUUGGUUCAUAUCAUUUAACUUCAUUGGGGCGUUAGAUUAGAUACAACGCCUGUUCACACGAGGAGCAACUCAGACCUAACCAACAUAUUCAUGCUGAACACAAGUAUUCAUAAGUGAUGAAAGUAGAAAGCGAUCCAUUUCAGCUGUCUUGACACUGAGGAUGUAAUACGACGGGCACCUUUGCUCUUACAAUUCAACGCGCCAUGCGGAACAUCCUUUUACGUUUAUUCGUGCGAUACUCUUGAUGACAUAGACGGACAUCAGACUAUACUGGUGCAUGUUCCCACUCAGCAAUCUUGUACAGUGUAUCCGGCGAAAACAAUCGCGAAAACAUGGAGAACAAGGCCAAACUGUACGCAGGAGCCGUUCCAGUCUUCCUGGCGUUAGCAUGGAGUAUCUGGGGACCAAAUGUUGGUCAAUAUUUACCGCCGAUGUCAACGGGUCUCACAAAUGAGGUGCCAAACGACACGAGCAAUUUAAAGGGACACAUGGAACGGUUCGGAGAGCAAGCCCAAAAAUAUGAAAAUCUCAUUACUCUUGACUAUUUCCCCGACCCAGAAGUGUUUUACAGAGACUACGUGCGUAAGUCUGUGCCACUGGUGGUGAAAGGUGCCCUAAAACACUGGCCUGCUGUUCAGAAAUGGAAAAACGAGGACUACUUACGGGAGAAAUUUGGUGAAGAUUUUUUUAAUGUCCAUUGGAGAAACGUCUCGGAUGAGCACCACCCAGCCUACAUUGACAUGACCAUGGAAGAUUUUUUAGAUACAUACAGGAAAGAAAAAAUCUACAUGGACUCCACAGUAAGUCCAGAGAUGGCGGAAGACCUCACCUUUCCAGGUUUUGUCGCUUGUGAAGGGAUGCUGAAAAUGCUGAAGCAGGUCGCCAUUUUCUUCAACUCGGGCUGGUCAAGUACCGACAUUCAUCUCGACGUCACAGAGACCAUAUUUGCCCAAGUGACCGGUGGUCGUCAUUGGAUAUUGACCACUCCACGCGACGGCAAAUAUCUAUAUACAGAUGAAUUUGCGCCCCAUAAUGGCAUUUCCCCAGUAAACCAGGAAACAGUUGAUCUGAUAAAAUUCCCCGACGUUUCCAAAAUAGUUAUUUACAAUAUCACACUGGAGGCUGGUGAUAUUAUAUACAUACCCGAGGGCUGGUUUCACCAAGCGAGAACCAAAGGAGGGGCUCCAAAUAUUGCCAUCGCCGUGUUUAUCAAUUUUUUGUUGUGUAUGUGGGAGUGUCCAGACUCAGACGAUGCUGAAUACGUUGAAAACUGCAUUAAACUCAGAGAACAGAAACCAACAGAACUGGAGUGUAAUUUUCGGAUGGAAGAUUUGACAGUGAGAGAGGUGCUUGACAAAUACAGUUAUCUCGUACCUCCCGGUAUGGUGCAGUGGAACAAGAAAGAGGAGCUCACACCUGUACUUCUUAAGAGUGGAUAUAACAUGCCUAUGUUAGGCCUUGGUCUCGGUGGAACGUCGCAAGAGAAUGCAGACAGAGCUAUACGACACGCACUUAAAAUCGGGUACAGGUUAUUUGACACAGAUCCAGAAGGUGAGAGCGAGGCGGUUCUGGGCUCCAUUUUAGCUCAAAAUCCCUAUCGCAAACGCGAAGAGAUUUUUGUGAUUGUCAAAGUUCAUCCAAAAGAUUUGGGUAAAUAUGCCACUAAGUCGUCAAUCGAAAGAUCAAUGAAAAGACUGAAGACAGACUACAUCGAUCUGGUUCUCAUUAAAGCGCCAUCUUGUGACACGAGAGGGUUCGAGUGUGAAGCAGACGAGAAUCGAGGUACGUGGCAAGAGUCGUGGGAAGCAUUAGAAGAACUGAACCGGACUGGAACUGUCCGUUCUAUUGGCGUCAGUAAUUUCAAAAUAUCUCAAAUAAAAGAACUACUGAAAAAAGCCAAAGCCCCAUUGUCCGUUCUUCAAGCCAGGUUUGAUUUAAUGAAGAGAAACACAAAGUUGCGGAAAUUUUGCGACAAACAUGAAAUACGAUUUAUGGCCCAUAGUGUGCUCGGCUUCAAAUUGACCGAAGAUGGGUAUUCAGGAGAAAGCCCCCUUUUCAACAUCGAAAUGGUCAAGACAGCAGCUAGAAAAUACCGUACAAGCCCUGCCACAGUUUUAUUAAGAUACGCAAUGGAUAGAAACGUUACAGUAGUUCCUAAAUCCACUAACCCGCUGCAUAUUUCCUUAAAUAAACACGCUUUUUAUAUAGGUGUUGACAGUGAUCCAUCAUAUAUGGAAGAUAUGGAAGAACUCUUUCCUCAUGUAAAUUAAAAUGAUAUUUGUAGUGUGUUGAAUGUUUCAAUUUUCCCUAUCAAAAAGGUACCAGUUAAUAGAAUAAGAACUACUUGAAUAAAUGUACUUUAUUGCAAUCCCUCUGAUCCCUACCUGUACUUGCACUGUCGUUUUGCUAAAUUUUGACAGAAAUGGAAGAGAAAUAAAGCCCCCUCUUCCUCUCAAUGAUAUAUUGUCAACACAAGGAAAUUAACUGUCAAAAGAGUCACACAGCGUGUCCGCCACACUCUCGCUCUCAUUGUACGUGAACACUAAUUUACGCAGUGACAAUAAUCAGUACACGUCUCAAGUAAGAAAGAAACAUGUGAUUUGGAAUGGACGCACUGUCAAAUUCCCUCUAACUCCAGGUCCAAUACGUGCUAACUUUCACGUAUUCACUGGAACUCAAGUUUUGGCUCAUACGUUAAUCUUCUAGCCCUACACAUUGUGUAGGGGUAAACUGUUUUUGUUAAAUUCUGGCCUGAGGUAUGUCUCUUUUCAUUAAGUGAGGAUCCUACUCUUCUAGAUUUUGUAACUUGUAUAUGGAUCGAAAUUGUACAUGUAGGUCGCAUUUCCUAUACUUAUACUUAUGUGGGCAUGUAGGACACGAAUAUCAGAAUAAAAUUUAUG